CUUAUACCCCGGAUACCGAUACCGAUAUAUCCUCUUCAGCCUCACUUUCUCCUCAUUCGGCGCAUACACAUACACAUACGCACACGCAUAAUACACGGCCGCAUACUGUCAGUUUGCCUCUUGCCCUUUCAUCUACAUAUUGUAGUCCUACAUAUCGAAACUCUGCUGCUGCUCCUGCCGCUAGCUACUACCACCCGCCAUUGAUCAUCCUCUUCACAUCUACCCCGAAUCCCCGCGCUUGCUCAAAAAGCGCAUGAGGCGCGGCGACGUAUUGUCGAUGGGUUGAGCGCCUGACGACAAUACCAACUGGGCCUAUUGUCGCCGCCACGGCCUAUCUUCAACACUUGCCGACGCGGGCAAUUGGCGACAAUAGGACUUUACACAGCCAUCCACAUCCACACACACCCUCAUACCACCGACUCAUACAUAUCUAAAGACGCACACGCACUUUCCUCGCGCGCCACAUCCUGUUGCAGAGAUCGCGCAGUCUCCAGGACGCCUUCAAUUGCACCAUGGAUCAAUUGCAAAGCUCAACACUCCUCCAGCCACCACCGCAGUUGACCACCACCACCACACCAACACCAACCACGAAGCUGCAUGAGCUCCCCAACACAAACAUGGACGACGCCAAGAACCCCAACGGCGACUCCAACAUCUCCCCCACGAUAGAAGCUAUCAACAGCGCGAUCGACAAGCUCAAGACCAAAUUCCUCCCACCGAUACCGCACCUCCUCUCCGUCCCAACCACCGAUCCAUACCGCGGCUCGCGCCCAUGGGAGACCCACCGCAACUCCCCCUUCGAAGCCUUCGAGUUCGACGAGCUGCAGUACAUGACGCUCGUCACUGGCGACAAUCGCGGCGUUGCUCGCCCGCGCGGCGGCUGGGAGGAGGAGAUGAACUCGCGCUCGCCGUAUAAUGUGUCGCGGUCGCGCAGUGGCACGGCUACGCCGCAGCAGGGCGAGAGGGGCGGUGCGAAGCCGAGGAGUAGGAUCUCGCUCGCUGAUUAUAGGAGUGGGAAGCGCGUGCCGAAACCGGCGGGUGACUCGCAGCAGACUGCUGGCGAGUCGAGUAGGGAGAAGGAGAAUGUGAAGGUUGUUACUAAGGCGGAACCGGCGAAGGCUGCGCAGAAUGGAGCUACACGUUCCGCAGAUGGCAGGCACUCUGGUGCGGUCAAGAACGAAGAUGCGCCUAGGCCAAGCGACUCGCGCGUGCCUCAAUCGAAGCCCUCAGCUCCCCAAGCCAAGGAUAAUGAUCGCCAUGCGCGUCCACCGAAGGCAAGAGAGCAACAAAACACAACUCCUAAACCUACAACAAUGAAGCAAGAAAUAUCACAUCCUCUCCCUCCGAAACCGGCAGUGUCGAAUCAUGCGCCCAAGAGGCCGCUCGAAAAGCCCGAGCAGUCGCAGCCGGAGAAGCGCCUGAAGAUUGAGGCAAAACAUACGCAGAGUGGAACUGUGAAGGGACACCAGAGGAAUACUUCGGAUCCCCUGUCCAGACUCUUUGGGACGGCGCCGAAGUCGAAACCCUCGAAUGCGAAGCAGUCACAGCCGACGAGCGUUGAUAAUACUCCGACAAAGAGGGCGGAUGAUAAGAAGGCCUCGGAGCGUGGGCCUGCGUCUGGGAGCAAGGCGAAGGAUGCGCCGUCGGCCACGAGAGUUCCUGAGAUGCCUAGGCUUCUGUCGCCGCUGCCGGAAUACCUUACGAGUCCGACCCCGGUUAGUUUUAGUUCGGGACAUGGAGCGGAGAAGCCAGGCAAGAAUGGCCGCGAUAGCCCUUCAACUACGAAGGCGGAAUCUUCAACAGCGAAGAGAAAGGAACAGAGUGAGAAGACAUCGCCUUUCCGUUUGCCGGAGCUGCUGCCGAGGGAACUACCACCGAACGUCGAAGAAUUACUGGCGAAGAACAAACAACCAACAAGGAAACUCGAUACUGUCCAAGCUCGCCAUGAGAAGAGUCGCAACCCUGAUACUCCCGGCGUGGCGAGAAAGGCACCCAAACUUAGUGCGGCAGAGAAGCGACGUGCAUCUAAAGCUUCUGACUCUUCUCCUCCUGAGAUCACCUAUGAGCCGCCACGGCAAAUCGUCAAGCUGAAGUACAAGAAGAGCAUGACGAAAGACAUACAGCGCAUCCUCAAAACGAAGCCAAUACCAAACAGAGCCGUACUUGAAUUGGCCGACGGCAUAGUUCCCGAGAAGCCGGCCGUAUCAAAGGCGAGGGCUGCCGAGAGCAAACGGCCGCGCCCCGUACCCGAUGAGCAACCCGAGCGAUCGAUAAAGCGAGCGAAGGUCCCUGCGAAAAUCGACUCUGAUAAAGCUGCCACUGGCCAAUUACUCCCGCCAUUUAAAUCCCCAGGCCAGCCUCCGACUUCUGGAAAGAAGCUUCCGAGCGCGAGUAAGGUCACACCGAAGAAGGGUGACGCCAUGAAGAGCGUUGCGAUGCGCCGCGUUGACUCGGCGGAUGACAACACUCUCACACCGAAGACGGGCGCGGCAUCUACGCCCGCUAGCACGGAGAAACCGAGGCAGAACGGCGGCGACAAAUCCAUAGAGGUGGACCGUUGCCGUGCUGCGAACGCGAAGUACUCCGAGAUGGGAAAGACGCUCAAGCGCAAGCGCGACGUGUACAUCCACUCCAAGGAAAACCAACUGGCGACCCUCGCCGGGGCGGAAUCACUACUCGCAUACCUCGUCGCCUUCGACGCCUUCGACGCCAUGUACCGCAAGAUGGGACGACCCAACACAGGCGACAACUGGCUCUCGCUGUUCCCACUACUGCAGGCGAACCACGACCUCGGAAAGGCGCACCUGCAUCUCGACAUCGUGAUCCUCCUGAUCGGCGGGGUAGCGUCGAACGCCUUACUCGCAGUGCAUAACCUGCGCUUCGCCAAGGAGACACCGAGUAAUUCCCCCGACUACCUGAGGUUCCGCGACGCGAUGAGCGAGAAUAUCCGCCGGAGCCAGGAGUUAUGGCUCCAGUACCGCAUGGCGUGCGAGGAGCUCAAGUCUAGGGAGCCGGAGGCUGUGCGCGAGGGGGGGGGGAUGGCGUUUGUGCGUGCGCCAGGGGGGCAGGCGUUGCCGGUUAAGACGGUGAAGGUGGAGGCGGCGAGGAUGCUGAGGGAGUAUGUUAAGAAGCAUAGGUUGGAGUGGGAGAUGCAGGUUGACUUUUAG